UCUAUCAUCUAUGAGUGCAAGGCGUAAACUUUGUUAUGGAGAAUGAUAUUGAUUUGUAUCUCGUUUAUGUUGGGGCAUUAAUUAUACAUUAGCGGGGUGAUUUACAUAGGGGUGACGUGCAUUCUUUUUAUUGAUUGAAGUUGGUGAAUAAUCCUGCUCAACAGAAUUUUGUAAUUUAUGCAGCUCAUACAAGUUCUAAUAGGGAAGCAUCUUGUUAAAUUCUGGAGUUGAAAGCUAUAUCAUCUUGCAGCACUAUAUUCGUUGAACCCUUGGAAAGUUGUCGAAGUGUUAUGCGAUGGAUUUGAAAGGUAUAGCAUGGGUUGGAGAUAUAUACCAGAAAUUUGAAGCGAUGUGUUUGGAGAUGGAAGAUGCUAUGUACCAGGAUACCGCUAGAUAUGUUGAGAAUCAAGUGCAGACUGUUGGUGCAAGUGUCAAGAGGUUCUAUUCAGAUGUGGUGCUAGAUUUACAUCCUCAAUUUAACAUAGAUCCUGUGAAAGUUGCAGCUGCUGACUUGUCUCUUAAUCCUUAUGCUCACACUGAAAUCAGCAAGAAGCUGAAAGCAAAACUUAAAGGUGGACACCCUAGGGUAAUUAAUAAAGAAUUAAUUGAUGAUACUCAAGUGAUCAAGGGGAAAAGCAAAAGUGGAGGAGUUUAUAGACGUCAAAGUGUUGGGAUCAAAGAAAUUGUUAGAGAUAAUCAUCCACCAUCUAAGAAGUCGGACGCUCUCUGUCUCGUAUCAGGGAAUGCAAUUAAAUUGUCCUCAGAUUCUAAGGUUAGGGGAGGUUUUGAAGUGGCAUCCGACCACAUGACCAUGACUUCGCCCUUGGCCUCAGUUAAAGGACGUAACUCUACCGAGACAGGAAAGGAGGUUUCCAACCAUAUUAUAAAAACAAAUGUGCCUGCAGCAGGUAUAUCAAUUAAUGUUGCAGCUUCUGACACGAGCUUAUCAGUUGACUGUGUUGGGCAGAACCAAGCAGAUCUCAGGAACACUUCCUCUGCUGGUGACUUGCAAUCAGACUCUCAUGAUAGGGGUACACUCAAGGAGUUGGCUGGUGAUACUGGAUUAAAGAUUAGCAGUAAUACUGGUGACAAUAAUAUUGCCAGCGAGGAGAUCAAUAAUAUUGCAAAGAUUAGCAGUAAUACUGGUGACAAUAAUAUUGCCAGCGAGGAGAUCAAUGAGUCCUGCAAAGAAAGAUCAGAUAAAUUUUGUUCUCCUCCACCCGAGAAGUAUGACUUGAUUGAGUCCGAUGUGGAAAUUGUUGAGCGCUAUGAUGAAUCAAAGUUGGAGGAAACAUGUGUCCUGGUUGAAGCGGACAAACUUCAUGUUCCACAGGGAUCAGUCAAACAGAAAUCAUACAAGAAGAAGCUCAGGCAAGUGUUUUCUAUGAAAAAGAAGUCGACGAGAAAAGAGUAUGAGCAGCUUGGAGCAUUACAUGGAGAUCAACAGCCUAACCUAGAGCCUGAAGAAAAGCCGAUGCAGGUUCUCUCCAAAAACUCGAACGUGAAAAAGUUGUCAUCAGCUGAUGAUCAUUCCGAAUCUGAGUGGGAACUUCUCUAGAUAUGACGCAUUACAACAACAUACCCAAUGUAAUCCGACCAGUGGAGUCUGAGCUAUGAUGCUAUAAAAGUAUAAUGUUGCUUUUGCCAAUCAAUAGAUGGCUUUGUACAGAAAACUAAAAUUGAAAGCAGAAGCCCCUGGUGUAUUAUAAUAAGACAAUUAUUUCUCCUUAAA